CCCAGGAAGGCAUGCGCCCCUCUUGGGGCUGGAGCGCUGGGUCCCCAGCACCCAGAGGUGCCCCAGACCGGCUGGCUCCUCCCCCGGGACUCUGCCUCUGGGCGCGUCAUCCUUCCCAUCCCUGGCCGACCCCGGCGCCCGUGCCACGCUGGGACGAGUCGGGGGCACCGCCGGGAGCCAGGAGCCGGGCGCCCACGACCUGUGCAGCGCCCGCGGCCCAUGGAGCUGCGCGCCGGCAACGCCAGCUGCGAGAACGGUUCCCUGAUCAGCCUCUACUGCUCUUCCCAAGAAGUCCUGUGUCAGAUCGUGAGUGGCCUUAGCCCUGAGGUGCCCAAGAAUGUCACCUUGGACAGCUGGAAGGAAAGAAUCAGGAAGAACUAUGGUUUCUACAUCGGCUUGGGCCUGGCCUUCCUGUCCUGCUUUCUUAUCGGCAGCAGCGUCAUCCUCAAGAAGAAAGGCCUCAUUAGACUUGUGGCUAGUGGGGCCACUCGCGCUGUGGAAGGAGGCUUCGGCUACCUGAAGGACACGAUGUGGUGGGCUGGAUUUCUCACCAUGUCUGCUGGAGAAGUUGCCAACUUCGGAGCCUAUGCGUUUACACCUGCGACAGUCGUCACGCCCCUGGGAGCACUGAGCAUCCUCAUAAGUGCCGUGAUGUCCUCCUAUUUCCUGGGGGAGAGUCUCAAUCUUCUCGGGAAGUUGGGCUGCGCCAUCUGUGUGGCCGGCAGCACAGUGAUGGUGGUACAUGCCCCUAAAGAAGAAGAGGUCACCACUGUCACAGAGCUGGCUUCCAAGAUGAAAGACACAGGGUUCAUCGUCUUUGCUGUCUUUUUGGUGGUGUCCUGCCUCAUUCUCAUCUUCAUUGUCGCCCCUCGUUACGGACAAAGGAACAUCCUCAUUUACAUUGUCAUCUGCUCUGUGAUUGGGUCCUUCUCUGUGAUCGCUGUCAAGGGCUUGGGCAUCACCAUUAGGAACUUCUUUCAGGGGUUGCCGGUUGUGCGGCACCCCCUGCCCUAUGUCCUGUCCCUCACCCUGGCACUUAGCCUCAGCACUCAGGUCAACUUCCUCAAUAAGGCACUGGACAUUUUUAAUACUUCUGUUGUGUUCCCUAUCUACUAUGUGUUCUUUACCACAAUGGUGGUUGCCAACUCCAUCGUCUUAUUCAAGGAGUGGCACAACAUGACCGCGGUGGACAUUGUAGGCACCCUGUCUGGCUUUGUCACCAUCAUGUUGGCUGUGUUCAUGCUUCAUGCUUUCAAAGACUUGGAUAUCAGCAAGACCAACUUGCCCCACAUGCACAAAACCCCCACCCCAUCUCCCGCCCCAGAGCCCACUGUCAUCAGACUGGAAGACAAGAACAUCCUUGUGGACAAUAUAGAACUUGCCAAUACCCCAUCACCAGAAAAGAAGCCCAGAAGCACAGUCCCUUCAUAAAGCAGGGAAUACACACACAAGAGGAUGAUCCUGAUGGUGCAGUCUGAACUGUCAACUUCAGAACCACUUGGCUGUUUGAGCACAACCAUGGCCCAGGAGCUGAGUUUUAUUGAGAUUUUGAUUUAUACCUCAUUUCUGUGCUGAGGAGAAAAAAUUCUCUACCCAAUACGUGGUGGUCACAGCAUGUUCUGGAAACAGCCUCAGUGACUAACUUUACACUGGGGCCAGCAGGUACCCGGACCUCUCUUCCCACUGCUUCCUUCUGCACCAUCUGCAUGUUGAGAUGAGGAUGGCGUAUGACCUGGUGAAUGUAGCACAGUCCAAGUACCCUGAGAUACUGGUCAUUGGGAAAUUCUCUGUACCGAUUCUCCUCCUGAGACCAAACCUCUGUUCCUUAGCCCAGUAAUGCAAUAGAGUUGGCUCCCGGAAGUCCAGAGCAGUUUAGUAGCCUCCUUGUCCAGAGCUGACGGGUGCACAAGCAAUGCAAAACCUCCUGAUGCUUUUGCCAUUUACUGUUGGAGAUAGAAACAAUACCCCAGCUGACUUCUCACUGUGAAAGCCACCUGCUCUCUCAGGGAAAAGUUUCACCUGGCCCUAGAGGCUUGGCCAGUGGGACAGCAAUGAAUCUCAGGGACUGAGUAGGGUGCAGGCUUGGCAUAACCUGCCUUGUGGCUGUUGACCAGAUUGGUCAGAAGCCCAAGUUCCACCAGGGAGCUGCCAACAUGGAAGCAGCACCCCAUGCCUGACCCAGCACCACCUGCUGCGGGGGUCGUCUUUGUUCCCUCAAUGUGACCAGAGGCAUCCACAGAACAAGAGCAGCUGGGGAGAUGUAAUUGUAACCCCUUCCCCUUUUCUAGCUGAAGACCAUGAAGGAAAUGAGGGCCACUGGAAAGGGAAGAGAGCCUUGCAGAGUCCCUGCCUGCAUGCUGCGCUCACACCUCGUGCCCCCGUGCGGUCCGGUCCCCACCUCCCCUGCUGACUAGGGAGUUCCAAAGUCUGUGGGCCCAAUUCCACUCCCUGCACCUCCAGCCUCGGGUGCUGUUUUGAAUGAAUGUGAUUUCCCUCCAUGGCUGGUAUCAGUGCACUGCCUCAGAUCUCAAAAAGGGCAGUAAACCGAGAGCCCUGAGAGUGUGGCCUACAGGAUGAAUAAUGCAAGCUUCCAACUAGGUUUGGUUGACUCAACAUUCCAUGAGCAUGGAGCAACUGAAUUUGUUCCUCUGGAUCUGGGAAACCAGUCCUCAGUCUCUGGAAGCUGAGUGGCCAAGGAAAUCUUUCCAGCAUCUUCUGCAGCAGUGCUGUCACUUAGAGUGGGACAGUUUUGUUUUUAGAACACAGCACUGAAGGCAGCUUUCUCCUAGUUAACUUCCAAGUCCUUGCCAGGCACCAAGAAUAGUAGGUGUCACUUUAACACUUCUCAGAUUCCCAUUUUUUAUUCCUAAUUUACAUAUGCAGAAAGGGACUCAGGUUAAAUAAUUGGCCAGGGUUACACAACCAGGAGGAGAUGAAAUGGAUAUCUGGUCCAAGCCCAGUCUACAACCACCAGGCAUAGUGUGUCUCUCCAAAAGACUAUAUUUGACUCCUAUACAUAAUCUCAUACUACUUUAUUUUUUUGUGAUCUAUGCUGUCUCUUCAUCUGAAUGUAAACUCCACAAAAGCUUGUCUUGAUUUACUGCUUGCCCUUGGUACCUGGAACACAGUUAGCAUUCAAAAAACAAACAAACAAACAAACAAAAUCUGUUGAUUUUUAAUGAAGGAAUGAUUCCAUUCUAAACGGGCUUCUUUUGUCCAAGCUUA